UUCCUCCCAGCCAGAUUGCCUCCACGGCCAGUCAAGAAGACCACAAAGUUCAACAAUGGCCAUCACUGACAUCCUUUCUGCUAAAGAUAUCGAAUCUGCUCUCUCCAGCUGCCAGGCUGAUGAUUCCUUCAACUACAAGUCCUUCUUCUCCACGGUUGGUUUAUCCAACAAAACUCCUGAUCAGAUAAAAACAAUCUUUGGAAUUCUUGAUCAGGACAAGAGUGGUUUCAUUGAAGAAGAAGAGCUUCAGCUGUUUCUGAAGAAUUUCUCCUCAAAUGCCAGAGUUCUCACCUCUGCAGAGACCAAGGCUUUCCUGGCUGCGGGAGACACUGAUGGCGAUGGCAAAAUCGGAGUGGAAGAAUUCCAGUCUCUAGUGAAGGCAUAAACAGCACUAGACCAAAGGCAGCCUUGGACUGACUCUUCCAAUUACCUCGUCCAACAAGCACUUGGCACUCAGCAUGUGUUUGUACACUUUUGUAUUGUUCCAGGCACUAACAAUUCCCCAGACAUCAAGUUCACACAGCAGAUUGCAAUGUACAGACGCUUUGGUCACUUGGUAUUGUUACAUUUCCAUUGUAAAGAAGGCACUUUGUGAUUUUCAACCACUCAUACUGUUGAAAUUGUGUCUGGAAGAGGGGAGAAAAAACAGAUCUAGCAAACCAAACAACAAAAC